GGUUUAGUUGCGAAGCGGUUACCCUGGAAACAGAGCGGGAGGAUAAGUAAUAAUUACCCAGAGCUGCGGGAUAGCAAACGGGAGGCCGGGCAGAGAUAGCGUGAGAGACAAUCAUACAAGAAACGCGACCGGGCAACACACUGUGCCGUCUGUUUACCGAGGCGGCUGGGCGAGUUAGAGACUGACGGCUCCACGGAGACAGCUGGCGGGUUCAUCAAGUCCAGACUCGAGUAAACGGAACCGGUGCGGCGAACAAAGUGCCUCAGUUCACGGUUCUUCAGAAACCGGUGGAGACGAACCGUGUAUCUCUGCAGCCGCAGGCGAAGCAACUCCGCCCAGAGCCAGGCAGAAUGACACAGCAAGGAGCGGCGCUGCAGACAUACAACAACGAGCUGGUCAAGUGCAUCGAGGAGCUGUGCUCCAAGCGCGAGGAGCUCAACCGGCAGAUCCUGCAGGAGGAGGAGGAGAAGACGAAGCUGCAGAACGACAUCCGCAUCCUGACGGAGAAGCUGAGCCGCGUCAACGAGAGCCUGGCGCGCAAGCUGGCAUCACGCAAUGACUUCGACCGCACCAUCGCUGAGACCGAGGCAGCCUACAUGAAGAUCCUGGAGAGCUCUCAGACGCUGCUGAACGUGCUGAAGAGGGAGGCAGGGAGUCUGAGCAAAGGCACCUUGAGCCACAGCGCCCACAAGGACUCCUGAGAGACCCAGACCACCCCCCCCCCCCCCACACACACACACACGCUGCUGACCAGCCCAGAGCCCCCCCCACACACACACACUGCUGACCAGCCCAGAGCCCCCCCCCCCCCCCACACACACACACACACACUGCUGACCAGUCCAGAGCCCCCCCACACACUGCUGACCAGUCCAGAGCCCCCCCCCCCACACACACACACACACUGCUGACCAGUCCAGAGCCCCCCCACACACUGCUGACCAGUCCAGAGCCCCCCCCCCCCACACACACACACGCACACUGCUGACCAGUCCAGCACAGGGACUGGGCUCCUGCCCCAGCACUGAGACACCCAGGAAAACCACCCACUGUAUUAAAUGAUACACGCUGUCCACCCCCUGAAAAAACAAGCACAGGAAUACAAAUAUUAAACAUAAUCAUAAUAAUAUUAAUAUUAAUAAUAAUAAUAAUAAUAAUAAUAAUAAUAAUAAUAAUAAUAAUGGGGUUUACACUUUACUUGGAGUGCCGUGUUUUCAAACCUGUGAUGUUUUUUUCCUUUUUAUAAUCAGUCUAUUUUAAUAAAACAUACAUGUUAGAAAUA